GAGAAAAACUAAAAUAAAAAGACGUUCUUUGACUUAAGGCAAUUGUCAAUAUUUGCCUAGACUUCUGCAUUCGUAUAUAAACCAAGAUUUCAAUAAUUUCAAAAUAUUUGCUUAUAAAUUAAAUUAGGUACCGAUCAAAUACAAAAUUGAAAUACAGCGGACAUGCCGGCCUACCAUUCACAGAUUAAGGAAUUUCCCCAAGUGGUUGGAAAUAUGGCUAUAUUGCCUUUACGCACUCAAGCUCGUGGACCUGCUCCCAGUGCCAAUAUUGAAAACGAUAUCAUUGAUGAGUCACUAUAUUACUUCAAAGCAAAUGUUUUUUUCCGUACAUAUGAGAUAAAGUCUGAAGUGGAUCGCGUUCUCAUUUACAUUACCCUAUAUAUCACCGAAUGUUUGAAGCGCUUACAACGCUGUAGCAACAAAAAUCAAGGCACACAAGAAAUGUACAGUUUAGCUAUUUCAAAAUUUGAUAUUCCUGGAGAUGCUGGAUUCCCAUUAAAUGCUGUUUAUGCUAGACCACAAAAUACACAAGAAGCAGAUUUAAUGCGUCAAUAUUUCUUACAACUGCGACAUGAAAUCGGAAAUCGUGUUUGCGAGAAAGUAUUCAACAGUGAAGAUGGAAAGCCCAAUAAAUGGUGGAUUUGUUUCGCCAAAAAGAAGUUUAUGGAGAAAUCUUUGUCUGGCCCUGGACAAUAGACAUAAGUGAUGUCAAUUAAAUUCGCAACUACCAUUUAUUACAAAAUAUUUAGGCUCAAAAUUAAUAAUAAAGUCUUACAUAUAUAUAAUUGCA